GUCGUCCCUCUUGAACGCGAUCGUCGACAUGUCCGCGCCUCCGCGGUGAUAUGCACCUGCGUGAUAGGAAUCGCGAGCGGCCAGGUGACACGGUGGUUAACGGUGGUGCGCGAUCCUCCUGAUCCUCGUUGUGUCCCCUGGCGGCGUUAGGAACCGCUCGAAUGCGUCACCGUCCUGCCAAGGUCUGGCGGGACGACCUUGAGCGAACGAGUCGCUCCAAAUCGGUUCCAGGAAGUCGCUGACGCACCGGAAAAACAAAUUCGCUGUUGGAAUUAUACUACUCUUUGAGUAUUCGUGGACUCUCGGAAGUCUCGGCCAGGUCAGGGAGUAGAGCUCCUGUAAGAAGAUUACUUCGUCGCUCGAAGCACCGCGACGUGGUCUCGACACAUCCCUGCUAGUUGGAAGAUUUCGCAGCGCGUGGGUGCGACACCGCAGAAUUCCUCGGGAUCUGGCUCUCCCGAGCGUUCUUCCAGAACUUAAGAGUCGAGUCGUUGGAAGAUUUCAAAGCUGCGUGGGCGUAGGAUCUCCUCUUCAGCGAAUAGCUUCCUACUCUACACCUAACUCCACAGCCCUAUCACCUAGUACCGUUCCAAACAUCUUUGGAGUAUUCAGACCAGAGGGAUACCAAUCUCUAGGUCACUGAAAAGGAUCGCCACUCGCGCGAGUCGUCCCGAUGUUCAUAUUCGCCCCUCGCGACAACAUGUCGGUGUCUCGUCAGGACUCGACGGGACGACGGAACCGUUACGCGCGGUCUUCGACGACCACCAGCGUGACGCAGAUGCUCAGCGACUCCUGCUCGAACCUCCUGCAACGACUGACCACCAGGGUGCGCGGAACGUCCGCCCUGAACGAUAACGUUGCCACCAAGGCACCUGCGCCGAGACGUUCCCCUAAUCCAUCUCAGUUGAACAAUACCAGGACACGCCUGGAGGAGAAAUACUCGGCGAUCCUGGAAAAGUACUCGCGGACGAAGCGUCACGAUCGAGGAUCCAUCGACUACAGUCACGCUCAUGAGCGGGAACAUAGCUACUACCGCCGAGAGGAUAGUCCCUUCGCGAGGGACGAGAGGACCCUUGAACCUUCGGCGUCGCGCAGCAUCGUCAAGAGCCUCACCAGCGUGGUAUUGUCCGAGAAAGCCUAUCCCUACGUUAAGUCCUCCAGGGUGAAGCCUUCGAAAUGCGAGAACACUCCUGGCUACCACCGAUCCGACAGAGAGACCUUGCUCAACUCGGAGUCUUACCGACGGUAUGGUAGACACAAGUCUGGUCACGCUGAGACUGGCACCCUGAAAGUGAGACCAUAUAGGAAUGGAAAGAGCGAGCAACUGGAACCCAGCUCCACAGCGAUGAGGCUGUUAGCUCGACGAGCGAAGGUGAAGACAGCGAAGCAGACUGUCGUCGAUCCUGAUAAGACGCCCACUGGUAGCGACAACUCUGCCGAUGUUGCUCUUCAAACUGUCGGCAGCGUUGGCACUGCUCGUCUAGUCGAGAGCGACUCGGACAGAGGUAUCGGAGCGGAGAGACGCAAAGAGAUACAGAGUCUGAUCCUGAAGUAUGCCACCAUGGAGGAGACGUACAGCCAGCUGGCCGCCAGUGGCCAGGGCAGGACGCGACCCAGCACCACGGACAUUAUCGCCAGCAAGUAUAGGAAAAGCAACCGUCGAAACGAGCGAAAUGACGCGAAGCAGACGUCGGUCGCGAGUGACGCUAGCGACUCGGACGCGACCCAGCACGCGAUUAGCCCACGACCGCUCUCCGUCGAGGACGACGCAGAGGGCCACCUUGUUUACCAUUCCGGCGACAUCCUGGAAAAUAGAUAUAAAGUACUGGCCACCCUAGGAGCGGGUACUUUUGGAAAAGUUGUCAAGGUUAAGGACUUGCAAAUGGAUCACGUGAUGGCUCUGAAAAUUAUCAAGAACGUAGAGAAGUAUAGGGAAGCCGCGAAGCUCGAAAUAAACGCCUUAGAGAAAAUUGCCACCAAGGAUCCAGAAAGCCAACACUUGUGCGUGAAGAUGCUUGACUGGUUCAAUUAUCACGGGCACAUGUGCAUCGCCUUUGAGAUGCUUGGACUUAGCGUAUUCGAUUUCCUGCGUUCCAUGUCACAGAGGGACAACCAUUACCAGCCCUAUCCGUUGGAGCACGUCAGGCACAUCGGUUAUCAGCUUUGCUACGCCGUUAAAUUUCUGCACGAUAACAAACUCACGCACACCGAUCUGAAACCGGAAAAUAUAUUGUUCGUAGACUCUGAUUACGAAAAAAUCUAUAAUAAUAAAAAGCGUAAGGAGAUCAAACGUAUAAAGCGGACAGACAUAAGGCUUAUCGAUUUCGGUAGCGCGACGUUCGAUCACGAACACCACAGCACGAUCGUUAGCACAAGACAUUAUAGAGCGCCUGAAGUAAUUUUAGAAUUAGGUUGGUCCCAACCUUGCGACGUUUGGUCGAUUGGCUGCAUCCUUUUCGAACUGUACCUGGGUAUCACUUUAUUCCAAACACACGACAACCGCGAGCACUUAGCGAUGAUGGAGCGUAUACUUGGCACGAUUCCACACCGUAUGGCUCGCAAGACCAAGACCAAGUACUUCUACCACGGCAAAUUGGAUUGGGACGAGAAAAGCUCGGCCGGCAGAUACGUUCGCGACAAUUGCAAACCUUUACACCGCUGUAUGCUCAUGGAUAACGAGGAACACCGGCAGUUGUUUGAUCUCAUACAGAAAAUGUUGGAAUACGAGCCAGCUCAGAGGAUAGUGCUGAAGGACGCAUUGACGCAUCCCUUCUUCGACGCGCUACCAGCGAAUCAAAGAUUGCCCGACCUUCGAGCAGCCGGUGACUCUCAGCAAACCCACGAACGAUCACACUCUCUCUCACGAUGAAGCUAGGAAAGGGACCGACCUCCGUGCUGGACAGACACUCCACUGUCGAUGACGCUACUGCUCUACGCCACGAUUCUCGCAUCCUUAGGUCUCACAAGACUGUGUCUUGUCCGCGAUAACGAGAUACGAUGACGUUGGUCGGGACCUAACGGAGACGCUGUCGAGCAUACGAAAAAAAAAAAAAACAAGAGGCUCGAAAUUUUUGUGAAUUAGAUAAUACGAUCGAAUUCGAUGCUUAAAAAUGUCAGCUAAAAAUAUCAGAUAAUCCGUAUUGUUUUUACCAGAAAACGUGAAAUAAAAGCAGUAGUGCAAUUGGUGCUGUGGAAACUCGGACUGAAUAGAAUAUAUUAUAUAUGACAAGAUCGUUAAGAUUCUUCGGCGUCGAUGGUGGCUAUCGACAUAUUCUUACCUCCGUUUUAAGCACGUCAACAAAAUUUGGUAGAUAGAUGAAUUCAUGGCGAAGGUCCCUUGUUACUGGCGCGGUAAUGGCCAGUGUGUCUGCUCAGUGUAGCGUAACAGAGUCCCAUUUACUGUAAACAUUUUUCUAAAUGCUCUUCUGUACAUUUUAUUCUUUAAUUUUAUUACGGAUGUUAUUACGCAAACGAAGUUUCGAGGAAAGAAAGGGUCGCAGUUUAUACUUCUUGUUUGUUAUAGAUUGAUGACCACGACGUGUCUAGUAGUAAGAAUCAGAUUAGUGAUAUAAGGCCGUAAAUAUAUGCGUACGUGUUGAGAUAAUUAAGAUAACUAAGGAGAGAAAGUGAGAAGCGAGAAAGGAAGCGAGUGUGUGAGAAAAAAAAAACUAGGAACGCCAAUUCAUCGUCGUAAACAUACACAUGUUAACGUUCUCGAAUACCACAAGAGGAUACGUGAUUAUUUUAGGUAACCAGCAAAUGUACUUUUAUUCGACAUUUGGAUAAAGCUGAUGCGAAUUAGCUUUUUGGUUCGGCGUAUAACUGAACUUUGUUGCAUUAUCUCGCGUUGUUGCGGAUAAUCAUGUGUGUUUUCUGUUUCACCAAUCCUUUAAGAAAAAAAUUGAUAGAAAGGUGAGCCGACUUUCUUUUAUUUCCAAACACCCGUGGAUCAGCUGUACGCGAUGUGAAUUGCAUAUCUUUGAAAAAAGUUGUACGCUUGCAGGUGUACGAAACACGGAUUUGCUUUCAUUUUGUUAAAUAAGAGAAUGAAACCACCAAAUUAUGAUGACCCCGCUCAUGUACGUGUGGUUUGCUUUUUAAUUCUUAUAAACACGACAUGAUGGAGGGUCUAAAAGUCUAAACGAUCGUGCUGCUCGUACAAAGAAGAAAAUAUGCCUGAGAACCGAGAAAAUGCUGUUUCGAGUAGCAAUAAAACACAUUUCUUUCAAAUAA